AUGCAGAAGAUUGAUCGAAGCCAAGUAAGUAAUGGUUAUCGGCCCGUGUGUAAUCAAGUGUACCUGAGUUAUAUCCGCUACGGUCACUGGUUGGUGACUUGCACUCACAUGUACCUGCCCCUCCCCGAGCAAUUUUCCCUGUGGUGCAUCGACCUCCUCACAAGCGACACUUUCCAACAAACAGCGCCCCUUCUCUGCGUCAUCCUCUUCCCCGCCUUCAUCUUCCUCCUCGUCAACACUGCGCACCAGCGCGUCAUGGGUUUCGGGGACAGCCUGACGAUCACUCUCCCCCCGUGGCUUUGGUUGUCGGCCAGCGGGGAUGGAUCGUCAGCUAGGGGGAGUACGAGGGAGAAGAAGAAGAGUAAGAAACAUGGAGUGAGGACGAGAGCUGAGCAGGCGGCGUUGAAUGGCUCUGCGAAGCAUGGUUCUGAAAAGGAUGGAGAAUAUUAUUCUGGCCUCGUCAACACAUCUGGGACCUAUUGCUUCAUGAACUCGACUCUCCAAGCCUUGGCCUCCCUCACCUACCUCCAACCCCACAUAGACGCCAUCCACGCCAAAGCCGAGGUCUUGGACGUCCCAACACCCAUCAUCGACGCACUGCAGGACCUAUUCCGACGACUAAACACCCCCCGAUCAACACACCACUCCAUCCGCCCAACCGAAAUAAUCGAAGUCCUAAGCUCCCAAACCGAAGGCCGCACAAACUCGCUCUUCUACUCCCGCGAACACCAAGAUGCCCAAGAACUCUUCCAGGUCCUCUCAGAGUGCAUUAAGAACGAGAUAGCCGCCGUCGAUAAGGAAGGACAUAGGGAUCGCGGGUUGGGUGGGUUGGCGCAGGUGCCGUCGGAGACGAUGAGGGAGAUUGGGAAGAGCGUGUUUGAUGGGCUGACGGCUAAUCGGAGGAGCUGUGUGUUGUGUGGGUAUACGGAGGCCGUGAUGCAUUUCGCGUUGGAUAAUUGGCAGUUGGCCGUUCCUAGGCUUGCGACUAGUUGUAGACUAGAAGACUGCCUCGAAGAAUACACCCGCCUCGAAAUCCUCAAAGACUGUAUUUGCAGGAAAUGCUCCGUCGUCGCUACGCACCACCGCCUCCUACGGGAAAUACACACACUGGAAGAAGCGACGAAACCCGAAGCCAGGCCUUCCUCAUCAAAGAAACGCAGGCUGAAAGAGGUGAAGCGCAUGGAAGCGAGGGUGAAAGCCGCCAUAACACAAGGCAGGAUAGAGGACGACCUAAAAGACAUAAGGCUCGAGAAAGUAACCAGCCCAGCGUCCACGAAACAAUCCAUGAUCGCUCGCCCCCCACCCAUACUCGCCCUCCACAUCAACCGCUCCGUCCACUUUGGCCAAUACGCCUCCAAAAACACCAUAAAGCUCAUAUUCCCCGAAGUCCUCGACUUAACACCCUACACCACCUCCGGAAGCCUCUCCACAGUCCCCACGUCCGCCAUAUCAACACCCCCACCCGCCAUUCCCCGCAGCACGACGCCGACGCCCAAGACGCGCGGAGUGGCAGGGGGGGAGAGGACGAUAUAUAGGUUGGCGGCUGUUGUGUGUCAUUAUGGACAACAUUCUUUUGGGCAUUAUAUUGCGUAUCGCAGGAAACCACCACUACCGAGUGUUGGAGGGGAGGGAAGGGAGAGGUGGGUUCCGCCGAGGAUUGUGGAUCCGAUUAAAGUGGAGGAGAUGAUGAUGAUGAAGGGCGAGGGCGGUGAUGAUUCUCUUGGGUUUGAAAUCCCGGAAUACGUGUUUGAAGAUGAUCCCCUCGUCAACCCAUCAUCAUCCAGAAGAGGAAGGGGGUGGUUGAGGAUAAGCGACGACUCUGUGCGUGAAUGCGGUAUCGAGUCUGUCCUACAAGAAGGCAGCGGGGCGUUCAUGCUCUAUUACGAGCGUGCGGAACACGCCGUACGGGCGUACCCUUCCCUCGACUCUUCGUCGUCGGUUAGGACGACGGGGUCAGAGGAGACGUUGAAGCCUGAGAUAAGGACUUUGGAUUUGAAUGGGAGUGUGGGGAGUUUGGUUAGUGAGGUUGGGGUUGGGGUUAAGAAGGAGGCGUCUUCGUCUUCUUCUGCUUUGUUGGUGGAGGAGGACAAGGACAAGGGAAAGGGGAGGAUGUCGUCUCCUUUGGUAUUGGGUACUUCCCCUUCACAUUCUCAACUCUUGGGCCCGAGGGUUGUGAGGAGUGUGGCUGCUGUUCGGGCGAGGACGGUUGAGAGGGAGGCGGCUGGCUCGGCGUCGGUUUCUUCUUCCCUUAGUUCGUUGGGUUCGCUUGGGUCGAGGUCUUCCCAUCCUUCAGCAUCUAGCAGCAGCAGUGGGGUUACCAAGUCGUCUUCUUCUUCUUGGCCCAACAACGGUCUUAUGAAGUCUCCUUCCUUACCCAACAACGGUGUUUCGUCCCCCAACAAGAACGGAGUUACAAAGUCUCCUUCACUACCCACCACUUCUACCCAGCCAAUACCCAUACCCAUACCGAAGAACUCGAAGAAGGCGGGGCCGUUACAGAUAAACGGGAGGCCUCAUUUUGUCGAAGAAGAAGAGAUGGGGGAGGAGGGGAUGAUGACGGCUUCGGCGCCUUCGAUAUUGGUCAAUCCCAAUCCCAAGACGACGCACACGAACACGAACACGAGCACAAGGAAAGCAGAGGAGGAGGAGGAGCAGAGGACGACGGGGAAGAAGCCGCCGCCGCCUCCACGGAUACAGUCGCCCAAGCCGAUACAUCCUUCGCCUGUUGUACAUGUUGGGCUCAAGGCGUAG